AUGUCGGCCUCAACUCCAAAUUAUUCGGAUUCGGAUUUUUCUGACAAUGAAGUAGAAGAGUAUUCGGGUCAAAUGCAUUUGGAAUCAAACAUAUCACUCACAGCCAGAAGACAUUUGACGCGCACAGAUGCCAGUAGUAUAGUAGGGGGUAACUCAAUUCAUGACGUCUACCCGGAAGGAAUUCUCGACGAGAUAGGAGACGGUGAUGUGACAGUGGAUGAUGUGAUACAUGAAAUCAAAACUCCAGUGCCUACCUUGGUGAGCUCAUCGAAAGUGGAGUCCAAUGAUACCAUGAAGGUGGUGCCGAUCCUGGAUGUGGAUUCAAUACAACCGGCAUCAGAAGAGAUCAGCACAGAAAAGAAACAUCCCAACGAAAAGCCAACAUAUAAACAACCGAAAGACGAGAAGUAUGAUUCUACGGCAAGUAAUGCCACCACUCAAAAGGUGUUUUCCUUUUCACUUCCCUUUGGACUAUCAAACAUCAAGGCAAAUCUUUAUAAGCAAAUCAAAGAUUUCAAAGACGAUAUACAUUUUCCUCUCUUAUCGCAACUGCUGUCGAAUGAUGACGACAGUGUAAGUCAUCACAAUGUCAACGAACAAGUCAGACUUCGCCUUGAGCGCCAGGAACUGAUCAACACAAUCAUGGAAGCAAAAUAUUUCAAGAACAUUAAAUCUCAUGAUGAUGCUAGGUUAAGGGCAAUGAAAAAAAGUAUUAGUGACGGUGUAAGUGGCAUCGUCCACCCAAGUAGGAAGAAGGAGAAGGAAAAUUCUUACGAUCAAAUCUUCAAUGAAUUAGAGGGAAAUGUCAUAGUUCUAGGGGGAUACAGAGGGUCCAUAUUGAGAGAUACUAAAACAAAGAAAAGGCUUUGGAUCCCCAUCAAGGCGGGUUUCAACUUGAUAAAAAUCAACCUCUUGUUAGGCCCUUCAUUGGAUGAUGAAAUUAAUGCAACUAAAUUUAUAUACCCGGAUGGUAUGAUCAAAAAUAUAGGACCAUUAGAUUUAUCCAAGAAACUCAUAAAGAAAUUAAGCGCCAACCCUAAGCUAAAUGUUAAAGACUUCGGGUAUGACUGGAGACUAUCCGGUGAAAUAGUUUCUCGGCAAUUGGAACAAUUUAUGGACGAUAUGUAUGUAGCCACAGUGAACACUCCAAUAAUAGUGUUGGCACAUUCUAUGGGGGGCAUGAUGACUCAUUCGGUUAUGCAAAGAAGGCCAGAGUUGUUUAGAUCAAUUGUAUACGUUGGAUGUCCUAGCGAAUGUCUUAACAUUUUGGGUCCUAUAAGGUUUGGUGAUACUGUAAUCUUUUCUGACAAAAUUUUGACACCAGAGACAAAUUUUAUGAUGAGAUCAGGUUUCAAUUUCUUACCAUUGAGUGGCCGAGUAUUUGUCAACAGAAACACCAAGGAAUUUUACGAUUUAGACUAUUUCAACCCAGAUACGUGGGUAGAGUACAACUUGAACCCAUUGGUUUCUCAGAAACGGAAAGAUAGAGAAGAAGAACGUAGAAGAACUCUUGAAAGUAUGAGCCAAAGCGACUCUGUAUCCACGCUGAAUUCUUCGACGGUUCCUUUCAGUGGUAUUGAAAGGAAUUCUACUUCCUCGCCAAGCACACUUGUUGCAUCACCUCAAGCGCAGAACAAACUACUUGUGAACUCUGGAAAGACAGAGUCAUCUUUCCUUCUGCUACCAGAAAACAUCUCCAUACCAAGUAUAAAUAGUAUUAGCAGUAAACUCAGGAGUUGCAGUCCAAUAUCUAUCGGGAGAAGGGGUAAAAAUAACAGCCAAAUAUCUAAGUCACCAAAGAAUUCUCAACUGACACUAUCAGUGAACAGUUCGUUAAAUAAUAGCGCAAAAGCAUCACCUGUAAAUAAUUAUUUUGGAGUAAAUUCACCUGGUUCUAUUGAUGCUAUUAAAUUUGAUGAAGACGAUGAAGAGGAACGUGGCUACUCUAUUCUGUUCACACAAGCUUAUGAAUAUUUGAAGCACAGCUUGGCUAGAGCGAAAGAGUUUGUGUUGAGCUUGGAGUACAAGCCAGAACUAGAGGAUAGAUACCCACCCUUGGUAGUGGUGUAUGGUAAUCAGGUGCCAUCUGUGAGAGGCUCGAAUGUAGAUAGUAUUGAAGAUAUUAAAGACGGGAACUACUACAAUUUCUACUAUGGCCAUGGAGAUGGAGUAAUCCAUCAAAAAUGGCUCAUGCCUCAGAAGAAGGGCUUUAAUUUCUUCGACCUGGAAACUGGAAAUGGACAAAUCGUUGGUAAGUUUGCGUCUGCUUGUGGGCAUGUCAGUUUGAUGACAGACAUAGAAGUCAUGGCCAAAGCACUAAAUGCUAUAGUAGAAGCAGAAGCCAUAUGGCCCGACAGAAAGAAGAAUGCCCGUUUAUUAAAAAAAUAG